UCCACCCUCCCCCUCCUACCUUUAGUUUCUCUCCAGCUCGUCUGCACACUCUGCCCCUUCUGCGCUCCUCUCCCAAGGUCGACUUUGAGCUCUCGAUUGCAAAGAGACAGGAAUAGCAGGUGGACUGCAGAAUGCUGUCGCUGCUCGAUCAGUGUGUGUGUGUGUGCGUUUAUGAGGAAUGCGAACAUGUCUGAAUGUAUUCCAGUGGAGAUGUGCAGCUCUGUGCACAAGUGAAGCUUCAGCCUUAGAGGAUGUCUGCAGACUGCGGAUGGACGAGCUGCAGAUGCUUUUCACCGGCAUGGCCAGAAAAGCUGCUUAAACUAUCACAGAGGAGAGGGAGCUGCCGCCGCCGCUGCUACUGCCACUGCUGCGCUGGACUGUGACUGUCCCUGACCUCUUCCUCCCUCCUCCUCUGUCUCCUCUCUUUCACUCGAGCUGAUAUUUGGGAGCUGGAUUAGAGAGGGAACAGGAAGGAAGACACCUUGGGAAUUACCGGGAUCCACUGCAGACAGUCCCGGUUCCACCAUGUCCUUGGCAUUCUGUGGAAACGAGAAUAACUCGAUGGCCUACAACGUGGAUGGAGGGGUUCUGAACAACGGCUGUUUCCUGGAUGCGCUCAAUGUGGUCCCACAUGUUUUUGUCCUCUUCAUCACCUUCCCCAUCCUCUUCAUCGGUUGGGGCAGCCAGAGUUCAAAGGUCCACAUCCACCACAGCACCUGGCUUCACUUUCCUGGACACAACCUGCGAUGGCUCCUCACCUUCAUCCUGCUCUUCAUCCUCGUCUGUGAGAUUGCAGAGGGCAUUGUCUCAGAUGGGUUCAGUCAGUCCCUCCAUCUUCACCUGUACAUGCCUGCAGCUCUGGCCUUCAUGGCUGGCAUCACCUCUAUUGUCUACUAUCAUAACAUUGAGACCUCCAACUUUCCUAAACUACUGUUAGCCCUGCUGAUCUACUGGGUGCUGGCCUUCAUCAUGAAGACCAUCAAGUUUGCCAAGUACACCGAGCAUGGCAUCGGCCCCAGGCAGCUACGCUACUGCAUCACAGGACUGCUAGUGCUGCUGUAUGGACUCCUACUAACUGUAGAGAUCAACGUGAUCCUCGGCAGGCGCUACAUGUGUUUCGCCAAUCCAACAGAGGUGAAGCCUCCCGAAGACCUUCAGGACCUCGGCGUUCGCUUCCUGCAGCCCUUCGUUAACUUGUUGUCCAAAGCCACCUACUGGUGGAUGAACACCUUCAUUACCUCUGCUCACAAACGACCCAUCGACCUCAAGGUCAUUGGCAAACUGCCCAUAGCAAUGAGAGCACUCACAAACUAUAUAAAGCUUCGCAAGGCCUUUGAAGACCAAAAGAGGCCUCAGGGCAUAGCACUGCAAAGUCCAAAGUGGAUCUGGCAAGCCCUGAGAAAAGCAUUCGGCAGACCUCUCAUCCUCAGCAUCACGUUCCGCUUCCUGGCCGACCUGCUGGGCUUUGCCGGUCCUCUCUGCAUAUCUGGCAUAGUCCACCACAUCAGCAAAGACAAUCGCACCAUUCAGCCACCGAUUAAGCUGCUUGGGAUCUAUUUCAUUUCCUCCAAGGAGUUUCUGGAGAACGCAUACGUGUUGGCUGUGCUGCUCUUCUUCGCCCUACUCCUGCAGAGGACUUUCCUCCAGGCCUCUUACUAUGUGGCUAUUGAAACAGGCAUCAACCUGCGUGGAGCCAUACAGACAAAAAUCUACAAUAAAAUCAUGCGUCUGUGCACCUCCACCAUGUCCAUGGGUGAGCUAACCGUAGGUCAGAUCUGCAACCUGGUUGCCAUCGAUACCAACCAGCUGAUGUGGUUCUUCUUCCUCUGCCCUAACCUGUGGGCCAUGCCAGUACAGAUUGUUGUGGGAGUGAUCCUGCUCUACUACCUCUUGGGAAUCAGUGCCUUGAUUGGAGCGACCGUCAUUGCUGUGUUAGCUCCUGUACAAUACUUUGUGGCCACAAAGCUAUCCCAAACACAGAAAAGCACCCUGGAAUAUUCCAGUGAGCGCCUGAAGAAGACCAACGAACUGCUGCGGGGCAUCAAGCUGCUGAAACUGUAUGCUUGGGAGCGCAUCUUCUGUGACAGUGUGGAGGAGACCAGGGUUAAAGAGCUCACCAGCCUGCAGGCCUUUGCUCUUUACACAUCCAUAUCCAUUUUCAUGAAUGCAGCUAUUCCUAUAGCAGCUGUGUUGACGACAUUUGUGGUUCACGUCCACAUCUCAGAGGACGCUGAUCUGUCACCAGCUGUGGCCUUUGCCUCUCUGUCCCUUUUUCACAUCCUGGUCACACCCCUCUUCCUCCUCUCCAGCGUGGUGCGCUCCACUGUCAAGGCCCUGGUUAGCGUUCAGAAGCUCAGCGAGUUUUUUUCGAGCGAUGAGAUCGGAGACGAGCAGGAACCCAAAGCAACGUUACCCACUGGCUCCAGCAAUCACAACCAAAAUCGGUACCAGGCUGUGCCCCUGAAGGUGGUGAAUCGGAAGCGCCCCACGCGGGAUGACUGGAAAAACUAUGGCUCAGAGGGGAACCACGAAGGCGAUGGACCCUUUCAGGAUGUAGAUCAAGAUAUCUGCAUCAAGAUAUCAAAUGGCUAUUUCACCUGGGUCGAUGGAGCACCAACGCUUUCAAAUGUGGACAUCAAAAUUCCCUUUGGUAAGCUGACGAUGAUUGUGGGCCAGGUGGGUUGUGGGAAAUCCUCUUUGUUACUGGCAGCGCUGGGAGAAAUGCAGAGAGUGUCUGGAACUGUCACCUGGAACAGUCUGCCAAACCUGGAGUCUGAAGGGGAUGAGAGUCCCACAGACAAAGACGCAGCAGGUGAAGGAGACAUCAGGAAGAGAGGCCCUGUGGCCUACGCUUCCCAGAAGGCCUGGCUGCUGAACGCCACAGUGGUGGAGAACAUCACUUUUGAGAUGCCCAUGAUAAAAUCAAGAUACAAAGCUGUCAUCGAGGCCUGCUCGCUUCAGCCUGACAUUGACAUUCUUCCACAGGGAGACCAGACAGAGAUCGGGGAACGGGGCAUCAUCCUAUCAGGUGGACAGAAACAGCGAAUCAGCGUGGCCAGAGCCAUGUACCAGCAGACCAACGUUGUCUUUCUGGAUGACCCAUUUUCUGCUUUGGACAUCCACCUGAGUGACCAUCUGAUGCAGGAUGGCAUCCUGAAGCUCCUGAGAGAAGAGAAGAGGACCGUGGUGCUGGUCACACACAAACUGCAAUAUUUACCACAUGCAGAUUGGAUUAUUGCCAUGAAAGAUGGCACCAUCCAGACUGAGGGGACUCUGAAGGACGUCCAAAACUCUGAACCUGAACUCUUUGAGCAGUGGAAAACCCUCAUGAACAGACAGGAUCAGGAGUUUGAGAAGGAAACUGUGGCAGAGAGUAUGACAGACCUAGAGAGAAAAAACCUGCGGAGGGCCAUGUAUUCAAGAGAGGCAGCCAGGACUGAAGAGGAUGAGGAAGGUGGCACCCCGGGGUGGACUUGUGCGAUGGCUCCAGCUACCCUCAUGUUCGAUCGAGCAGAGGAAUCUGUGGAGAGUGAAGAUGAUGACAACCUGUCACAGGUAAUGCGCCAGAGAGCUACCAUCCCCUGGCGCUCCUGCGGCACCUACCUGUCCUCUGCAGGGCUCCUCCUGCUCAGCCUGCUCCUCCUGUCGCAGCUCCUCAAACACUCCCUCAUGGUGGCCAUUGACUACUGGCUGGCCCACUGGACGUCACAUGUCAUCGCAGCCAAGAAAGACGCCUCAUCUCACAACUGUACCAUCGUACAGGACUGUGGCUUCAGCCACUCCUGGUAUCUGUCUGUGUUCAGUGUGCUCUGCUGCCUGGGCAUCGUCCUCUGUCUCGCCACCUCCGUGGCUGUGGAGUGGACCGGUCACAAAGUGGCCAAAGAGCUCCACCACAACCUGCUCAACAAGAUCAUCCUGGCCCCCAUGAGGCUCUUUGAGACCACUCCUCUCGGCAGCAUCCUAAACAGAUUUUCCACUGACACCAACACGAUCGAUCAGCACAUUCCCACCACCCUCGAGUGCCUCUCCCGCUCCACCUUGCUAUGCGUGUCCGCUUUGGGUGUCAUCUCCUACGUCACACCCGUUUUCCUCAUUGCCCUUCUGCCGCUGGCUGUCACCUGCUACUUUAUUCAGAAAUACUUCCGGAUGGCUUCCAGGGACCUGCAGCAGUUGGAGGACAGCACACAGCUCCCUUUACUCUCCCACUUCUCUGAGACAGUUGAAGGUCUCACCACUAUACGAGCCCUCAGGUAUGAGCCCAGGUUCAGACAGAGGUUACUACAGUUCACCGAUGCCAACAACAUCGCCUCUCUCUUCCUCACAGCAGCCAACCGUUGGCUGGAGGUCCGCAUGGAGUACAUCGGAGCCUGUGUGGUGUUGGUGGCGGCGGUAGCCUCCAUCACCAAUUCGCUCUACAACCAGCUGUCCCCCGGGCUGGUGGGGCUCGGUCUGACAUACGCACUCAUGGUGUCCAACUACAUGAACUGGAUGGUGCGUAACUUGGCAGACAUGGAAGUACAGCUUGGCUCAGUCAAGAGGAUUAACGGCCUGCUCAAAACUGAACCAGAGAAUUACGAGGGACUGCUCACUGUGUCUCAGGUUCCUGACGGCUGGCCCCGACAGGGACAGAUCAAGAUACAGAAUCUGAGCGUUCGUUAUGACGCCACGCUGAAGCCUGUGCUCAAAAAUGUCAACGCACAUAUCAGCCCUGGUCAGAAGGUGGGGAUCUGUGGCAGGACCGGCAGCGGUAAAUCCUCUUUCUCCUUGGCCUUCUUCCGCAUGGUGGACAUGUUUGAGGGAAGGAUUGUGAUUGAUAACAUCGACAUCUCCAAGCUGCCUCUGCAGACUCUCAGAUCUCGGCUGUCCAUCAUCCUCCAAGACCCUAUACUGUUCAGUGGCACCAUCCGGUUCAACCUGGACCCAGAGAUGAAAGCAACUGAUGAGAUGCUGUGGGAAGCGCUGGAGAUAGCUCAGCUGAAACUUGUUGUUAAAUCACUUCCAGGAGGCUUGGAUGCCAUAGUGACAGAAGGAGGAGAAAACUUCAGUCAGGGUCAGAGACAACUGUUCUGUCUGGCCAGAGCCUUCGUCAGGAAAAGCAGUAUCCUUAUCAUGGACGAAGCCACAGCAUCCAUAGACAUGGCAACGGAGAACAUCCUGCAGAAAGUGGUGAUGACUGCUUUUGCUGAUCGAACAGUAGUUAUAAUAGCACAUCGCGUCCACACCAUUCUCAAUGCCGACCUGGUGAUCGUGAUGAAGCGGGGGAUCAUCCUUGAGUACGACAGACCGCAGGCUCUGCUGGACAAGGAGGACAGUGUCUUCGCCUCCUUUGUGCAAGCGGACAAGUAGUGCA